AUGGGUAAUGUACGAAGUAAACUUCCUGGAUUAUUAAUGAUUGGUACCGACUCUCAUACACCUAAUGGUGGUGGUCUCGGCGGUUUGUGUAUUGGAGUUGGUGGGGCGGAUGCUGUUGAUGUUAUGGCUGACAUUCCAUGGGAACUGAAAUGCCCAAAAAUUAUUGGAGUUCAUCUAAGUGGAAAAAUGUCUGGUUGGACUACACCAAAAGAUGUUAUCUUGAAAGUGGCUGAUAUCUUAACUGUCAAAGGAGGUAUUGGUGCUGUAAUUGAGUAUCAUGGACCUGGAGUUGACAAUAUAUCGUGUACUGGUAUGGCUACGAUUUGUAAUAUGGGUGCUGAAAUUGGUGCAACUACUUCAUUGUUCCCUUUCAAUCGUCGUAUGGCCGAUUAUUUGAAGACUACAUCACGUUCUUAUAUAGCUAAAGAAGCUGCCAAGUACAGUAAGUCCUUAUUGACACCUGACCAAGGCAGCAACUAUGAUCAGUUAAUCGAACUUGAUUUAAACACANGUGCUGAAAUUGGUGCGACUACUUCAUUGUUCCCUUUCAAUCGUCGUAUUGCUGAUUAUUUGAAGGCUACUUCACGUCCAGAUAUCGCUGAAGAAGCUGCCAAGUACAGUAAGUCCUUAUUGACACCUGACCGAGGCAGCAACUAUGAUCAGUUAAUCGAACUUGAUUUAAACACAUUGGAACCUCAUGUCAAUGGAUUUUUUACACCCGAUCUGGCUCAUCCUAUUUCCAAACUUGGUGACAACGCCACAAAAAAUAAUUGGCCCCUUGAAAUCAAAGUUUGUCUAAUUGGAAGUUGCACUAACUCAAGUUAUGAAGACAUGUCAAGGUGUGCUUCUAUAGCAAAAGAAGCCUUAGCUCAUGGACGCAAAUCAAAAAUUCCAUUUAAUGUAACGCCUGGAUCUGAACAAAUCAGGGCAACAAUUGAAAGAGAUGGGAUUGCACAAAUAUUGAGAGAUUUUGGCGGUACUGUAUUAGCUAAUGCGUGUGGUCCUUGCAUUGGUCAAUGGAAUCGUAAAGAUGUCAAAAAAGGUGAAAAAAAUACAAUUGUCAGUUCAUACAAUAGGAAUUUCACUGGACGAAAUGAUGCUAAUCCAGCGACUCAUGCAUUUGUCACAUCCCCUGAGCUGACUACCGCAUUGGCCAUUGAAGGUAGCUUAAACUUUGACCCUACAGUUGAUUCAAUUAAGGGAUCUGAUGGUAAAGAAUUUAAAUUGAACAAUCCCUUUGGCACUGAACUACCCGCUAUAGGAUUUGAUCCUGGUCAAAAUACUUAUCAAGCUCCACCUGCCGAUGGAUCAUCUGUGAAUGUUGUAGUGGAUCCAAAUUCCAAACGUCUUCAGUUGUUGGAACCUUUCAAAGUUUGGGAUGGAAAAGAUUUAGAAAAUCUAACAAUCCUUAUUAAAAUUAAAGGAAAAUGUACUACUGAUCAUAUUUCUGCUGCUGGACCAUGGUUGAAAUAUAGAGGUCAUUUAGACAAUAUAUCCAAUAAUAUGUUCUUGACCGCAACUAAUUCCGAAAACAAUAAAAUGAAUAAGAUAAAGAAUCAAAUAACCGGUGAGUGGGGCGCAGUACCAGAUACAGCCAGGGAUUAUGAAGAAAGGGGUGUAUCAUGGGUAGUAUUUGGUGAUGAUAAUUACGGCGAGGGAAGUAGCAGGGAACAUGCUGCUUUAGAACCACGUCAUUUGGGAGGAGUAGCAAUUAUUGUGAAGUCUUUUGCACGUAUUCAUGAAACAAAUUUGAAGAAACAAGGAGUAUUAGCUCUUACGUUUGCAAAAGCUCAGGAUUAUGAUAAAGUUCAANCAAUAACAUGUUCUUGACCGCAACUAACUCCGACAACAAUGAAAUGAAUAAGGUAAAGAAUCAAGUAACCGGUGAGUGGGGCGCAGUACCAGAUACAGCCAGGGCUUAUAAAGCAAAAGGUGUAUCGUGGGUAGUAUAUGAUGAUGAUAAUUACGGCGAGGGAAGUAGCAGGGAACAUGCUGCUUUAGAACCACGUCAUUUACUAGGAGUCGCAAUUAUUAUAAAGUCUUUUACACGUAUCCAUGAAACAAAUUUGAAGAAACAAGGAGUAUUAGCUCUUACGUUUGCAAAAGCUCAAGAUUACGAUAAAGUUCAACCAACUGAUAAAGUAUCUUUAGUAGAACUGAACAAAUUUGUCCCCGGUAAGCCAUUGAAGUGCAUCUUAUCUCACACUGAUGGAAGCAAAGAUGAAAUCAUGUUGAACCAUACAUUUAAUGAACAACAGAUUGAUUGGUUUAAAGCAGGCAGCGCAUUAAAUCGUAUGAAACAAAUAGCUGCUGCUUCCAAAUAA